CGUAUGGUUCUAUGAACGUUUUAGGUUAGGCAACCUUGUCCAUGUGUCACUUUAUGAUUAAUUUCGAUUAAAUACCAUACACGUAGGAUUAAAAUCUGAUGCAAUUCGCGUUCAGAACGUUUUAUUUAUAUAAAUAAUAUUAAACUUUUUAUCAGAACUUGUAAAAAUGUCGAAGAGAGUACAACCUGAAUGGGUUUUGCCGGCCCCAAAUGGUCCUCAAUUGAAAGUAUUUAAUAGUUUAACCAGACAAAAGGAAGUUUUUGUGCCUUUGGCUGGUAAGCGAGUUACAUGGUACAGUUGUGGCCCCACUGUUUAUGAUGCCUCUCACAUGGGACAUGCCAGGUCAUACAUUACUUUUGACAUUCUAAGAAGAGUACUCACUGAUUAUUUUGGGUAUGAUGUGUUCUUUGUUAUGAAUAUUACUGAUAUUGAUGAUAAAAUUAUCAAGAGAGCUAGGCAGAAUUACUUGUUUGAGAAAUAUGUUGCUGAAAAUAAAUCACUGGAAGAUAUACUUACUGAUUCUAAACAGGUUCUUCAAAAAUUAUCUUCCACCACCAAAAAUACCACUGAUCCAGAUAAAAAACAGAUGUAUGAAAAACUUCUCAUGAGACUUGAAAAAGCAAUUGAGGACCUCGAAAAAGCAGUGAAAAGUGGUAAUAGGAAGCUGGAAACUGAGGCAAAGGUAAAAUUUGUUAAAGAAAGUAAAGAUCCACUUUCUGACUGGCUAGACAGCAAAUUUGGUGCAACUGUUAGAGAUAAUGCUAUAUUUAGUGCUUUGCCUAAACACUGGGAAAAUGAGUUCCAUAAAGAUAUGGAUGCCUUAAAUGUACUUAGACCACAUGUGUUGACAAGGGUUAGUGAAUACAUACCUGAAAUCAUUUCUUACAUUGAGAAAAUCAUUUCAAAUAACUUUGCUUAUGAGGCGAAUGGUUCUGUUUAUUUUGAUGUGUCCUCAUUUGACAAAAAUGAGAAACAUCAUUAUGCAAAACUUGUACCAGAAGCUUAUGGUGAUACAAACAGUUUGCAGGAAGGGGAAGGUGACUUGACAACAGCAGAUCAACAUAGCGAAAAACACUCGCCGAACGACUUCGCCUUGUGGAAAAAGAGUAAACCGGGAGAACCAGCUUGGAAUUCGCCGUGGGGUAUGGGCCGUCCCGGAUGGCACAUCGAAUGUUCGGCGAUGGCUUCCGCCAUUUUCGGACCCACACUAGACAUUCACACUGGAGGAGUCGACCUUAAGUUCCCGCACCACGAUAACGAGAUCGCCCAAAGUGAGGCACAUUUUGGUAAUCCAGAAUGGGUCAAGUACUUCUUGCACUCGGGUCAUUUAACGAUAGCCGGCUGCAAAAUGUCAAAAUCUCUGAAAAAUUUCGUCAGCAUCCAAGAUGCUCUGUCCAAAUAUUCUGCGAGACAACUUCGUUUCGCGUUCUUGCUGCAUUCGUGGAGGGACACGUUGGAUUACAGUCAAAACACAAUGGAAUGCGCUGUUCAGUACGAGAAACUGUUCAACGAAUUCUUUCUUAACGUUAAAGAGGCGACCAGAACUUUGGCCAAGCAAACCUCCUUCGAGACGUUCGGAAAGUGGGACUUGUUCGAAAUGGAAUUGAAUAAGAAAUUCUUGGCGGCCAGAGAAAACGUUCACGCAGCUUUGUGCGAUAAUAUUGAUACCAGAUCAUCUCUGGAGGCGCUCAGAGAUUUGGUCACGGCCGGUAAUCUUUACUUGAGGGACAGGAAACCUCCAAACCAGGUUUUAUUGAAUGACAUUGGAGUGUACAUUACUCAAAUGUUGCGAGUAUUCGGAGUCAUUGCAGAACCUACAAAAAUUGGUUUUCCAGUCUCAACAGGAGCAACUGCUAAUAGUGAAGAGGCUAUUAUGCCUUAUUUGUCAACUCUUGCUCAAUUCAGAGAUCGGAUUAGAACGCAAGCCAGGAGUGUUAAGGCGACAGAAAUCUUAAAAGAAUGUGAUUUGAUUAGAGAUGAAAUUUUACCAAACAUGGGAGUGAGAUUAGAAGACAGAGAAGGUGAGCCAAGUGCUGUAAAGCUUGUCGAUAAAGAAAUUUUACUGAGAGAGAAAGAACAGAAGAAGCAAGCCGAGUUGGAAAAGGCGGCGGAAAAAGAGAGGAAAAAGGCUGAAGCUGCGGUCGCUCAAGCCGCGAAAGAUGCUCAGAAAAAGAUUCCUCCCAGUGAACUUUUUAAAUCAGAAACUGAUAAAUAUUCCAAGUUUGAUGAGAAUGGUAUACCUACACAUGACCAUGAAGGAAAGGAAGUCAGUAAAGGCCAGUUAAAGAAGUUACAGAAGUUGUACCAAGCGCAGGAAAAGCGGUACAAGGAGUACUUAGCUUCGCAAAAUUAAUUAAUCUCUUCUAAAUAAUUUAUUCUUUUUUAAUUUUUCAAAUUUUAUAAACACCCAGUAUUUUAAUUUAUGAAUAAAUUAAUACAUACUAUUUUAAGUUG